AUGGCGACAGCCACAACAGACCUCUUGAUAGGCAAAGUUGUAGCCAUUCUUGAGAACGAAGCAGCCUCCAUAGCUGGUGUUGGUGAUCAAGUUGAUGAGAUUAAGCAGGAGCUGGUCUUCAUGAAGUCCUUCUUGGAGGAUGUCGACGGCAAGAAAGCGCACACACAAGUAGAGAAAGCGUGGGUCGCAAGCGUUCGAGACUUGGCCUAUGAUGUUGAAGACAUCAUUGAUGAGUUCGUGUAUCAUGUGUACGAGCAGGAAAGCGGAGGCCGAUUUGUGAGAUGGAUCAACGAAACCAUUCACUUUCCAAAGAAGCUUUGGUAUAAGCGAAGAAUAGCAAACAAGUUAGAGAGAAUCGCCAGAACGAUCAAAGCCUUUCCAGAGAGAAAUCAGAGAUAUGUUCUUGUUUUUUCUGUAGAAGGAAAAAGUACUUCUGAGGAUGUUCACAAAUGGGUGCAGAACAAAGCGGAGGCUUCUCUUUUCCAUAAGGAAGAUGAACUUGUCGGGAUUGAAGGCAAGAAGCAAAUGUUAAUGGGAUGGCUGAUGGAUGAAGGGAAGCACCAAACUGUUGUGUCCGUGGUCGGGAUGGGAGGAUCAGGGAAGACAACUCUAGUUGCAAGGACCUUCACCGACAACAUUGUGAAGAGCCAUUUCGAGUGUUAUGCGUGGAUUACCGUUUCACAGUCUUACGUGAUUGAAGACUUGUUUAGAAGAUUGAUCAAAGAAUUUUACCAAGCAAGGAAGGAAGAGGUUAAGGCAGACUUGAAUUCCAUGAGUUAUAGAGAAUUGCUAGAGAUUUUGGUGAAAUACUUGGAGGCUAAAAGGUAUCUGGUUGUGUUGGAUGACGUGUGGGAUAUCAAACUUUGGGAAGAAAUAAGGUUAUCAUUUCCAGAUAAAAAACUUGGAAGUCGUGUCAUGCUUACAACUCGAAGAGAAGACAUAGCAUCCUCUGUUUUCGGAGUUGAAAGCCAUGUUCAUCGGAUUCAACGAUUGGAAACCAAUGAUGCAUGGGAGCUCUUUUGCAUGAAAGCAUUCUCAAGUUAUCAUAACAAAUCCUGUUCACCCGAACUUCAACCUUUAGCUCGGGAAAUCGUGGAAAAGUGUGAAGGCCUUCCUCUGGCGAUCGUGGCCUUAAGCGGUCUUAUGUCUUCUAAGAAGACAUUUUCAGAGUGGAGCCAAGUCUGCAACAGCUUAAAUUGGCAUCUGGUGAACAAUUCUUUGCUGGAACCUAUGAAGAGCAUCUUGUUGCUUAGUUUCAAUGAUUUGCCAUAUCGGUUGAAGCAAUGUUUUCUUUAUUGUUGCCUUUUCCCAGAAGAUUAUUUGAUCGUGAAUAACAAGCUCAUUAGAUUGUGGAUUGCUGAAGGAUUUGUUGAACAUGUGAAAGGGUUCACAACAGAACAAGUUGCAGAGAGCUAUCUUAUGGAGCUCAUUUUUCGAAGCAUGAUACAAGAGAGGCAUCACGACACGGAACCAGCAUGUAAGAUGCAUGAUCUUAUGCGAGAGCUUGCUUUGUCCAUUGCAGCAAAAGAAAAGUUUUGUGCUGCAUAUGAUGGGAGCGAAAUAACUGAAGAAAUUGGAGCCAUUCGCUUGUCAAUUCAAACUACUAAUGGAGAAAUUGAACAACGCACAGGUAUGUCACGCCUUCGUUCUUUUCUUAUCUUUCCCACGGGCAUAUUCUCGUUCUCUUUUUCAAAGACAUCGCCUUUCGAAUUUAAAUUCUUGAGGGUUCUAGAUUUGGAGGAUGUCCCAGUUGACAUUCUGCCAGAUUACGUAAUGUAUUUAUUCAGUUUAAGAUAUUUAAAUUUGAGAAGAACUCAGAUUAAGGAGCUUCCAGAAUCCAUUAGGCAGCUCCGCAACCUUCAAAGCUUGGACAUCAGGGAGACAAAUAUAGAGGCACUUCCAAGGGGCAUUUCAAAAUUGCUUAACUUGCGUCAUCUACUUAUGAAUCGUUACACACGUGAUUAUAAGAUCUUCAGAAACCUCAUUGGGAUGAAAGCACCAUCAAAUAUAAACAUGUUGAAGUUACAAGCUUUGUCAUUUAUUGAAUCAGAAGGAAAUAUUCUUAGACUUAUUGGAAAGAUGACCCAGCUGACGACUCUUGGCAUUACAAAUGUCAAAGCAAGAGACGAGAAGGACCUAUGUGCCUCACUCCAAGAAAUGAAGGUCCUUUGCCUCUUGGAUUUACGGGCAGCGAAUGAAGAGGAAUUUCUUCAAGUUGACGCGUUAUCUUCUCCACCUCCCCUGCUUGACAGACUUUUUUUGUCAGGGAAACUGGAAAAGGUACCGCAUUGGUUUUGUUCACUCAAGUCGCUCACAUUUCUGGGCCUGCGUUGGUCUAAACUUGAAGAAGAUUUAUUGCCUCACAUCGAAGCAUUGCCGUCUCUGAGAUGGCUUUGCCUUAACAAUUCCUAUGUAGGGACAGAGAUGUGUUUCAGAAGAGGUUUCGUAAAGCUUAGAUAUUUGGAGUUGUUUGGUUUCUCAUUGUUGAAUAAGGUAACUAUAGAAAAAGGGGCGAUGCCAAAUCUUGAGUUCUUGAGCAUUAAAAGAUGCUCUAGUUUAGUGGCAUUGCCUCAGGGUUUUGAAUACCUUACUAGACUAGAAGGAUACGGAUUUGAGAAUGUCUCAGAGCAACUUAUAGAGUCCAUACAAGAAGGAGGCGUGGAUCAUCCAAAGGUGCAACACUUGCGUCCGAAAUAUAAAAACAAGAAGUCCAAGGAUUGA